UCUUAAUGAAGAAAGGACCUAAGUCAGUCGCCUGCUAUAUAUGCGGUCGCGAAUUCGGAACUACUAGCUACGGGAUACAUUAUACUCAAUGUCAGAAGAAGUUUAAUGAUGAGCAAGCCAACCUCGACAAAUCAGAGAGGAAGAAGCUACCUGACGCUCCUGAAGGAAUCGAAGAUAUUCUGAAUAAAAAGAAGAUGACAGCCAAGGCAUUAGAGGCUUACAAUCAAGCUGCUUUUAAUAUCUAUAAUUCUAAAUCGUUGUCAAAGUGCCCAGGAUGUUCUAGGACUUUUAACCCUGACAGUCUAAAAGUGCAUAUGAGAAGUUGUAAAGGAGUCAAAUCUUCUGGAUCUUCGGCCUCGACUGGAGCUGGAUCUCACCUAGGCGAUAGCCUAGGAGGCGGAGGAGGCAUGGGAGGUAGUAUGGGAAGCCGAUCAAAAGGCUCUAAGUCUCCUAAUAGAGGUCCUAAGUCAUUACUCUGUUACAUUUGUGGUAAAGGAUUUAUGAAAGGAUCCAUCUCCAUCCAUAUUCCGCAAUGCGAGGAUAAAUUCAAGAAAGAGAGCAAGAAUCUUGGAGUCAAGAGAAAAUUACCUAAGGCUCCUGCUGAACUAGAGGUCUUACUUGCUAAAGACAAACUCAACAUGAAAGAAAUCGAAGAGUACAAUGAUAUCGCAAUGAGAAGUUAUAACGAAGCCGGCUUAAUGAAAUGCCCAAAUUGCUCAAGGACUUUUAACCCUGACAGUCUCAGAUCUCACAUGAAAUCUUGUAACUUAAAGCACGGGACGGAUGCAGACCCAUUUGCAUCGAAAAAGAAGAAGCAAUCUAGGCCUCAGGGUAUAAUGUGCUAUCUGUGCGGAAGAGAGUACUUCUCCAAGAGUAUCGACAUCCAUAUCAAGCAGUGCAAAGAAUCCUGGCAGAGAGAGGAAAAUAAAAAGCCAAAGAAGGAAAGAAGAAAGAUGCCUGAAGCUCCAAAGAACUUUGAGGAUAUCAUUUGUGGCAAAGUUACUGAAGAGAGCAAACAGGCUUAUAAUGAUGAAGCCUUCCAAGAAUAUAAUGAGAAGUCUCUAGAGCCAUGUCCAAACUGUGGUAGAACCUUCCUUCCAGAUAGGUUAGUUAUUCAUUUAAGAAGUUGUGGUGGAGCUAAAACCAAGGGAUCUCCUACAAAGGGAUCUCCUGUGAGAGGAGGGGCAAAGAAAUCCCCUGUAAGAUCAAGCCCAAAGGCAGGGUUGGGCAAAGCAAAAAGUACAGGAGUCCCAAAGACCAAGAUCUCUAAGCCUGCUUCAAAGGGUCCUGGUGCGAUGCCUCCAGGCAUUAUCUGCUAUAUUUGCGGAAGAAAGUAUGGUACAAAGAGUAUUGAUAUCCACAUCAAGCAAUGCAUCGACUUAUGGGAAAAGACAGAAUCCAAGAAACCUAAAAAGGAGAGAAGGCCAGUACCUCAGAAACCUGAAAAAUUCGAAGAGAUGAAAAUCAGCCCUAUGGGAUCUAAAGCAAUGGAUGAAUACAAUGAUGAAGCUUUCAAGAAUUACAAUGAAAAGGCACUUGUACCUUGUGAUCUAUGAGGUCGUACCUUCCUACCUGAGAGAUUGACUGUUCAUCAAAGGUCUUGUAAGCCUAAGGGUGAGAAGAAAAGUCCUACAAAGAAGAGAUAACUAUCUUUGGCCAGAUAACCCACACCAGAAUAUUCAUAGGACAUCUGCCAUUUCAUCUUAAUA